GGGAAGGGGCGGCCCCGCCGCCGCCCUCCCGCCCCCGUAACUCCCCGUUGUCCGGGCGGCCGGGAGGUAGCGGAUCCUGCGGUCCGGGAUGGAGGCGGCGGCGGCGGGACAGCCGCGCUCCCUGCUCAGAGCGCUGGCCGGGCCCCGGCCCCAGGAGCGCCCCGGCUGCUCCCCGGCCUCCUCCGCCAAGACCGAGGCGCGGGUGCUGGUCAUCAACACGGGCGGCACCAUCGGCAUGGUGCAGGACGUCAAGGGGCUUGCUCCUGAGGCCAAUAAAUUAGUAAACAGCUUGAAAACGAUGCCGAUGCUGCACGAUGAGGCGUAUGCCCGGGAAACAAAACUGAGCAACUCCCAUGAAUUCCCAGAGAACACCUUGGUACUCCCUCUCUCUAAGCAAAACAAGAGAAUUUUUUACACAAUCCUUGAGCUCUCACCACUGCUUGAUUCUUCCAACAUGACACCAGAUGACUGGGCCAAAAUUGCAAAGAAACUUGAGGAGCACUAUGAGAAGUACGAUGGCUUUGUGAUCCUGCACGGUACUGAUACUAUGGCGUACACAGCUUCAGCCCUGUCCUUCAUGUGUGAGAACCUGGGCAAAACUGUUGUUCUGACAGGAUCUCAGGUGCCCAUUUAUGAGCUGCAGAACGACGGCCGAGACAACCUUCUGGGGGCGCUGCUGAUGGCUGGGCAGUUUGUGAUUCCUGAGGUGUGCCUGUAUUUUUAUAAUAAACUGUACAGGGGAAAUAGGGUGACUAAGGUGGAUGCUGGGAGUUUCAAUGCCUUUUCCUCACCUAACCUGCCUCCACUUGCAAAUGCUGAGGUUGAUAUUACAAUAAACUGGGAAACAGUUUGGAGAGCCAAUACCACAAAGAAAUUUCGAGUUCACACCAACAUGAACAGGAAUGUUGGACUUCUGCGGAUCUUCCCAGGAAUCACUGCUGCCGCUGUAAAAGCGUUUCUUCAGCCUCCAAUUGAGGGCAUAGUACUCGAAACUUAUGGAAGUGGCAAUGCCCCAGACAAGAGAGAAGAUUUGCUGGAAGAACUGAGGAAAGCAGCUGAACGCAAAGUGGUGAUUCUGAACUGCACCCAGUGCUUACGUGGGGCUGUUAAAACAGUCUAUGCAACAGGACAGACUCUCGCUGAUGCUGGAGUAAUUCCUGGAGGUGAUAUGACACCAGAGGCAGCCCUAACUAAACUGUCAUACACGCUCAGCAAGAGAAACCUUAGCUGGGAGGAGAAGAGGAAGAUGCUGAGUGAGAAUCUAAGAGGAGAAAUGACUGUUGUACCCACAGGAGCCAAGAUCUCUUUGAGAGAUAGCAAGUUUAUUCAAGUGAUUGCCAAAUCUCUAAGUAUCAGCAGCAAGGAGGAGUUAGAAGCUGUACGAGAUGCAUUAAUUCCACCUUUGGCUUGUGCUGCAGCUAAACUGGGUGACAUAGAUGCACUAAGAGCCAUAGCAGAAAUGGGUGGAAACCUGAGCUGUGGAGACUACGACGGCCGAACUCCACUCCACAUUGCAGCCUCUGAAGGGCACCUGCCCUUAGUUGAGUAUUUGUUGACGUCUGGCGCGACUGUUUAUGCCAGAGACAGAUAUGGAUCUACCCCGCUGAUGAAUGCGAUCAAGUUCAGAAGUGAGAGUGCAGGACCAUGGGCUGUCUGUUCUCUUUCUGCCCUUCCCUUUCUCAUCAAGACCAGACUGUUUCAGUUGGCACAAAAUAUACCGGUUCACCUAGUCUGUCAAGCUGGAGUUAGCUCCCUGGGAGGUCUGACAGUCCUGGAUUACCAUGGGCUGCAGGAAUAACUUGAAGGCUUCUUCUGUUUCGAAGACCAGAUGUGGAAAACUCAGCAGGCUCUGUGACCGUGAGAGCUGGAGUCUGGCCUGGCUGUGCUGUGCUAUUGCCAUUCCUCCUGCAUGGUCUCCAGCAGCUUUGUGGCUGUUGCUUUACCUCAUGAAUAUAUAAGCUCUGCAGUCUUAAAGCAAAAACAAGCCCAACAGCAAAUCAAACAAAUAACCUCGGAGUUGAAUAGAGGUGGCUCUGGUCCAAUGUGAGAAAAUGCUAAAGCAUUAGAUACUAUUAGAUGUUCCUGCAAAUCAGGCACCUACUUUUGUUACCACACCCAUCUACCGCCUGAGGAAUUUCACAUGAGCUUGUUGUUUGGAUUCCUUAGAAUUGCCACUCCUAUAUUAGACUCCUACUAUGACUCUAAAGCUCUUUAAAACUGCACACCCAUUUUGAUGCAGGGAAUUUUAAAAGGAAACAGCACCAUAACCAUUUUCAGUUUCUCUUUUUGUUUCUACUGUUGGAAUGAGAGGAAGAGUUGACUUAGAACUAACCUCAUAAAUCUGUAUUUAUGAUCUGCUGUGUACUCACACUGCAUUUCACACUGGUAAGCAUAUAAAGGAGAGUGCUAAAGAGCAGACAGCUGUAUAUGUGUGUAAUUAGAUACCCACUAAAAAGAUUUAUGCUACAGAAGUAUUUAAAUUCUAUUUAUUAAACACUUGCAA